AUGGCGCAGGUCGGCAGCGCCGCGCCCGGCGGCGACGCGCCCGGCGGCUUCACCGCCUCGGCAGGCGCAUCGCCCGUGUCUACAGGCAGCGUGACGGAGACACGGCGCGCGACGGUGCCGGUGCAGAUGCCCUCAGUGGUGGUGCCGGGCGGCGGCGGGCCCAACCCCAAGACCGUGCUCUUCCUGCAGCUAGCCAGCUUGGCGCAGGGCCUGGCCCUCGCCCACAAGGCCAGCAGAGGCAGCAGCAGCAGCAGACACAGGAGCAGCAGCAUGGCGCAGGUCGGCAGCGCCGCGCCUGGCAGCGACGCGCCCGGCGGCUACUCCGCCUCGGCAGGCGCAUCGCCCGUGUCUACAGGGAGCGUGAUGGAGACACGGCGCGCGACGGUGCCGGUGCAGAUGCCCUCGGUGGUGGUUCCGGGCGGCGGCGGGCCCAACCCCAAGACCGAGUACAAGGUGGUGCAGAGAGAGCAGAUUGCGAACCCGGCUCCGCUCGGUUUGUUUGCUUUUGGCUACACCACGGCCAUGAUGCAGGGUGCCAACACCGGCAUCACAGAGCCCAGCACGGCGCAGAUGGCGGAGGCCUUUGGCAUGUUCUACGGUGGCCUGGCGCAGCUCCUGGCGGGCAUGUGGGAGUUCAAGCGGCAGAACACCUUUGGCGCCGCUGCCUUCACCUCCUACGGCGCCUUCUGGAUGGGCUUCGUGCUGCUGCAGAUCCUGGCGGCGGCCGACAUCUUUGUGGUGGAUCACAACGCCGACCAGAUGAUGCUGAGCCUGUGGGGCAUCCUCACCUUCAUCUUCAUGAUUGGCACCUUUGAGCUCAACGCCUGCCUCUCCCUCCUCUUCUUCAUGCUGGCAGUCCUGUUCUGGCUGCUGGCUGCCGGCAUCGAGGCGGUGUUCUGGCACAAGCCGCCGCCACCUGUCCGCGUGCUAACGCCCAUUGCUGUCGCACCCCUUGGGCAGUUUGCGGGCUGGUGGGGCCUGGUGGUGGCGGGCAUCGCCUGGUACAUCGCCGCGGCUGAUGUGAUCAACGAGCAGUACAAGAGGACGGUGCUGCCUAUCGGCAAGUGGGGCAUAGGCGUGCCCAUGUCCAAGGGCCUCAAAAGCUUCAUGGCCAAGGUGCCCAUCAUUGGCUGGGCCUAUGUCAAAGGGUGCAACCGCGAGGACAGGGCCGCUGGCUACGGCAAGUACAAGGCCAAGGAGGAGGAGGAGGCGGGCUACCCCGCCGGCGCGGAGCCCUACGGCCGCCCCUACGUCCUGCACACCACCUACUCCAACGUCCCCGGCGCCAGCUUCGAGGGCCAGGCCGUCAGGGACGAACAGAUCUAUGCGCCGCAGGGCUCCGCCAUCGGGCCCUACUGA